AUGGUUCGAAAACUAAAGCAUCACGAGCAAAAGCUCCUUAAGAAAGUCGACCUAUACACCUAUAAAUCCGAUAACAACCACCGCGAAGCCACAAUCCGUCGCCGCUACCACCUCCAGGACCCUCUAGAUUAUAAGAAAUACAAUGCUCUCUGCGGCUCCCUACGCCAAUUAGCACAUAAGCUGUCUGCGCUAGACCCAGACUCAGACCCAGUUCGCAAACAGCUUGAAUCUCAGAUGCUAGAAAAGCUAUGGUCGAUGGGCAUAUUAAAACAGAACCGCGAACAGGGCGCGGGCCUAAGUAAGGUCGAGAGGGAAGUUACCGUCAGUACAUUUGCAAGGAGGAGACUGGGCGUGGUGAUGGCGCGGAACGGGAUGGUAGAGAACGUUCCUUCGGCGGUCAAGUUUAUUGAACAGGGCCAUGUGCGUGUUGGCACAGAGGUUGUUACUGAUCCUGCGUUCCUGGUUACGAGAAAUAUGGAAGACUUCGUCACAUGGGUUGACUCGAGUAAGAUUAAGCGAAACAUUCUACGGUACCAGGAGAAACUGGAUGAUUUCGACCUGUUAUGA